AUGAGCACUACAGGUGUCUUGCCGUUCGUGCGGGGAAUUGACUUUACGAACAAUGACUUUGCCGAUGAUAGGUUUCCCAAAAACAUUAAGCACAUGUCCGGUGUCCAGUGGCUCAAGCUGGAUCGCACUGGAAUGGACACGAUACCGGAUGAAAUGGGCAAGUUGGUGAAGCUGGAACAUCUCUCGAUGAAAAACAAUCAAUUGGAGAAACUGUUUGGGCAGUUGAGCGAACUAGGAUGCCUUCGUUCGUUAAAUGUACGCCGUAACAAGCUUAAAAGCCAUGCCAUUCCAUCGGACUUGUUCGAGCUCGAAGAGUUGACGACGCUCGAUUUAUCGCACAAUCGUCUUAAAGAGGUACCGGAUGGGUUGGAAAAGGCAAAAGCACUAUUGGUUUUGAAUUUGAGCAAUAAUCAAAUUGAAACCCUUCCACCGGCGCUGUUUAUAAAUCUCACCGAUCUCUUGUUUCUUGAUUUGUCAAACAACAAGCUGGAAACACUACCACCUCAGACACGGCGUCUAUCGAAUCUUCAAACGCUCAUUUUGAACGAUAAUCCUCUGGAGUUAUUUCAGCUUCGACAAUUACCAUCUCUACAGAGUCUGGUUUGUCUGCAAAUGCGGAACACCCAGCGCACGAUUACUAACUUUCCAGCCUCGCUCGAUAGCCUGUCGAACCUGCAGGAACUAGAUCUGUCACAAAAUGCACUCUCGAAGGUUCCCGGCGCCUUAUACAAUUUGGCCAAUCUGAAGCGGCUCAAUUUAAACGAUAACGUACUCGAGGAACUAUCGCCGAUGAUUGAAAAUUUGACCAAGCUGGAAACGUUGAACCUUUCUCGUAAUAAGCUGACCGCACUGCCCGCAGCCAUCUGCAAGCUACAGGAGCUCCGCUGUUUGUACGUAAAUGAUAAUUUGCUAAACUUUGAGGGCAUUCCGUCUAGCAUUGGAAAGCUUAGUGCGUUAGAGGUGUUUUCUGCAUCGAACAAUCAGCUAGAAAUGGUACCGGAAGGCUUGUGCCGUGGGUGUGGUUCGCUAAAAAAGCUGAACCUUAGCUCAAACAACCUGAUUACACUGCCCGAGGCCAUUCACCUAUUGACCGAUAUGGAGCAGCUGGAUCUGCGCAACAAUCCGGACUUGGUUAUGCCACCAAAACCGAUUGAGGCACAGCGAGGCGACGGAUUGGCAUAUUACAACAUAGAUUUUUCGCUUCAAACGCAGCUGCGACUCGCUGGGGCAAACGUCCCCGCCCAGGUUCAGGGCGCCGCUAACAGCGGGAAGGAUCCGAUCGCACGGAAGUUGCGCCUGAGGCGUGGCGCUCGCAAUGAUUCCUCCGACAACCAAGACUCUGCAAAAAUUCUGAAGGGUAUGCAGGAUAUUGCCAAAGAGAAAAACAACGGGCUCGGUUUUGGUGAAGAAAAGGUGGAAAACCUGAAACCCAAACGGUGGGACGAAACGCUUGAGAAGCCGCCGGUUGAUUAUUCGGAAAUUUUCGAGGAUGAAGAUGGACAGUAUCCGGGCCUAACGGUGUGGGAGAUUGAAAAUUUCCUACCAAACAAGAUCGAAGAGGCAGCGCAGGGCAAGUUCUACGAGGGUGAUUGCUACAUAGUGUUGAAAACCUCCCACGACGACAGCGGGCAGCUUUCGUGGGAAAUUUACUUCUGGAUUGGGACGAAAGCGACCCUGGACAAGCGCGCUUGUUCCGCCAUCCAUGCCGUUAAUUUACGCAACUACCUGGGCGCCCGUUGUCGGACGAUCCGAGAGGAGCAGGGUGACGAGUCGGACGAGUUUAUGGCACUGUUUGAUACGGACGUGACGUACAUCGAGGGUGGCCGAACGUCGACCGGAUUCUAUACGAUCGAAAAUGCCGUCUACAUCGUGCGGCUAUACCGAGUGCACGAUGCCGGACCAAACAUUCACCUGGAGCCGGUACCGGUGAGUCACGAAUCGUUCGAUCCCGGUUACGUGUUCCUGCUCGACACCGGGCUUAACAUCUUCGUGUGGUACGGGUUGCGCUCGAAGAACACGCUUAAAUCGAAGGCUCGCUUUACGGCGGAAAAGAUCAACAAGCACGAGCGGAAGAACAAAGCCGAAAUCUACCAAGAGUACCAGCGCCAGGAAAGUUUGGACUUUUGGAGAGCGCUUGGGUUCGCGAACGGCCAAGGACCCCAGGACGAGGAAGCAGAACAUCUCAAUCAAUCGCACGUGGAUCCGGAUUUCGUACCAGUAGCACCUCGCCUCUACCAGAUCCAGCUUGGCAUGGGCUAUCUGGAACUGCCGCAGGUUGAGCUGCCUGGAGGCGGAAUCAACAAAACGCUCACGCACACGAUCCUCGCAAGCAAAAAUGUGUACAUACUCGAUUGCUAUCUGGAUUUGUUUGUUUGGUUUGGCAAAAAAUCUACGCGCCUAGUACGAGCGGCAGCCAUUAAGCUCUCGCAGGAGCUGUUCAAUAUGAUCGACCGCCCGGAAUAUGCACUCAUAACGCGUGUGCAGGAGGGCACCGAGACGCAGGUGUUCAAAUCGAAGUUUACCGGCUGGGAGGAGAUCAUUGCGGUCGAUUUUACGCGCACCGCGCAAUCGGUGGCCCGCACUGGUGCGGAUCUGACGCAAUGGGCCAAGCAGCAACAAACUAAAGCGGACCUAGCUGCACUCUUCAUGCCGCGGCAACCGGCCAUGACACCGAUAGAAGCGGCCCAGUUGGCGGAAGACUGGAACUACGAUCUGGAUGUGAUGGAACCAUUUGUGUUGGAGAACAAAAAGUUCGUCCGUCUGCCGGAGGAGGAGCUGGGAGUAUUUUAUACGGGAGAAUGUUACGUUUUUCUUUGCCGCUACUGCUUGCCCGUGGACGACGACGAAGAUGCCGAUGGUGACGAGGAUGAGGGCGAUUCUUCAGCGCCCAACGGAGCAAUUGAAGGUUCGUCGGCCACGGGCCAGAGCAAGGUGACAACAAAAGCGCUCGGUCCGGUGCCCGUGCCGGCGGAAGAGAUCCAGUGUGUCGUGUACUUUUGGCAGGGCCGAGAAGCGGGCAACAUGGGCUGGUUGACGUUCACAUUUACGCUGCAAAAGAAGUUUAAAUCAAUGUUUGGCGAGGAGCUGGAGGUGGUCCGGAUACACCAGCAACAAGAGAACCUGAAAUUUAUGUCGCACUUUAAGGGCAAGUUCGUUAUCAAAAAUGGCAGACGUAAAGAACGACAGCGCACUCCAGAAGGCAAACUUCCGGUUGAGUUUUAUCAUCUGCGUUCCAACGGUAGCGCCCUUUGCACACGUUUAAUUCAGGUGAAACCUGAUGCAACCGUUCUGAAUUCGGCCUUCUGCUUCAUUUUGUUCGUGCCGUUCGAAACAGACGAUGAUUCUGAGUCUGGCAUCGUGUACGUGUGGAUUGGGUCCAAGACGACUGCAGAAGAGUCGCGCCUUAUUCAGGAAAUUGCUGAGGAAAUGUUUAACAGUCCGUGGGUCAGCUUUCAGAUUUUGCACGAAGGAGAAGAACCAGAAAAUUUCUUCUGGGUUGCACUCGGUGGUCGCAAACCGUACGAUACAGAUGCGGAGUAUAUGAACUUUACACGCUUGUUCCGCUGUUCGAACGAGAAGGGCUACUUUACGGUGGCGGAAAAGUGCUCCGACUUUUGCCAGGACGAUCUGGCGGACGAUGACAUCAUGAUAUUGGACAACGGGGAACAGGUGUUCUUGUGGUUGGGUUCGCGUUGCAGUGAGGUGGAAAUCAAGCUUGCCUACAAAUCGGCACAGGUAUACAUUCAGCAUAUGCGUAUAAAGCAGCCUGAGCGACCACGAAAGCUAUUCCUUACGCUCAAAAACAAGGAGUCGAAGCGAUUUGCAAAAUGUUUCCACGGAUGGAGUGCACACAAGAAGCCGCCGGAGUAGAAAGCGAAACAAAUUCAAAUAAGUGGUCUAGGGCGGGCAUGCGAAAUUUUUCAAAUAUGUAUGUACAGUACCAUUUAACAAAACCAGCCAAACGAAUGCCUCACGAUACAAUGUGAUUUAUGUGGCAAACUCGCGUAAAUGAUAUCAGGAUAAUUUUUUCUAUGAACAUAUUUCAAUUAUACUCUUUUUAUUUAUUAUUGCACAAAACAAAACUGCACAUGGUCGAAGCGUUCAAAACUCUGCAACAUAAUAUUUUUUGUAUAGAUUGAGGACCGUUCGAAAUUUAAUCGUUUCGUUGUUGAUAUUUUUGUAAACUAUGAACUCUAGUGCGCUGUAUUAUUCUGUUUUCAAUAUGUGUGAUUUUUUUACGUAAUUUUCCAUUGCGCGCUUCCAUGGUAGGAUGAAAAAUAGAACAAUGUUGAAAAUGUUUCCGGAGGCAUUGCGGGCUAAAAGCGUUUAAUCAACUCAUAAGACAUUGUAAAUAUGCCACAGACUGAAGAGUGUCGCUUGAUUCCGACUGGCGUACGAUUGGCAAAUAUUUCUAACAAAAAUACGGUUAAAAUCCACAUCAAUUUUCCUUUUUAAUUUGAUUUUUAUUCGUCUUUUUC